AUGGCGCACUACGCUCGAGUAUUGCUCACUAAGCUCGGCUAUGGCUCACUUCGCUCGACUUUGGCUCACUACGCUCGACUAUGGCUCACUACGCUCGACUAUGGCUCACUACGCUCGACUAUGGCUCACUACGCUCGACUAUGGCUCACUACGCUCGACUAUGGCUCACUACGCUCGACUAUGGCUCACUACGCUCGACUAUGGCUCACUACGCUCGACUAUGGCUCACUUCGCUUGACUUUGGCUCACUACGCUCGACUAUGGCUCACUACGCUCGACAAUGGCUCACUACGCUCGACUAUGGCUCACUUCGCUCGACUAUGGCUUACUACGCUCAGCUAUGGCUCACUUCGCUCGACUAUUGCUCACUACGCUCGACUAUGGCUCACUACGCUCGACCAUGGCUCACUACGCUCGACUAUGGCUCACUACGCUCGACAAUGGCUCACUUCGCUCGACUUGGCUCAUUGA